AUGUUCGGAUUAAGAUUUAUCGAUGGCCAAGAGACCGCACAGACAUCACUGGAAAGUAGCACACAAAUCUUCAUUCUUCCGCGGCCCCUGCUAUGGCUUAACAGGGUUUAUGUAAGGCUCAAAACAAUGUUGGGAAAGCCUCUGGAGCGAAAUGUUCUUCCACAACACAGCGGCAACACCACAACAACACACUCACUGCAAAGAACACCCACUCAACCUCAGCGAUUGCUACAUCUUCUAACAUCGAUGCGCAGUGCCAGACUUGGGAAGGGCUUGUACCAGGGAUGUAUCGACGCUAUCAAGACUGACCGGCAACUUUUCGACUUCCUCCGAGACCUCUACAAAAGCAAGCGCGGCCACAUCCGUACAUUAUGCUCCCUGAAAACUGUAAAGGGCAUCCACAUCGUUGGGUUCAACCUGUUUGCAGGAGGCGCUGUGGAGGUUCGUCAUCACAAAGAAUGUUGCAAGCAGGACUGCACUUGCCUCCCGCCGGCAGCCCUGGUGCAACCAUCAGAAAAUGCGGAAUAUCAGUGCUAUCCCGCAGGUCCCUUAAAGUACGGACCCCCUAUUCUGCCAGAGGUUCUUGCACAUUUUUACUCCAGCCCGUCAUGCAUCCCCGAGCAUGUACGAUCAGUCUUGGAUCGGCUGCCCAUACGUAUCGUUGGCGAACUUCACGAACCGAUAGGAGAACCAGCCCAAGGGUGGGGCAUAUACUUCCAUGAAGGCUUGGACAGCGAUAUGAUCACGUUGCUGGUCUUCGUCAUGUUUUUCACUGGUAGUCUGAUAUUCGGUAUUCUAUGGUCAUAUCUAAAGAUGGACGUCCAAGGUGCUUUUGGAGUCAGUGCGUAUAUUCUGACAGCAGGUGCGAUCCUGGUGUCUUUGGUGGCUAUGAAGGCGAACAAGGCAUGA